UUGUACAAUUGUUCACACGAUAACAUUGAAAGUGAACUCACGAUAAGAUUAGUAUUAUACGGUGAACUGUCGACGAAACGUGAACUGCGAAGUCAGUUUGCCAACCUGAAAUCGACAUGUUCGAUUUUGAUCAAACAGUCGGUGCAAUUAUCGCGGCAAUUGUAGCGAUCCUCUACUAUUACUUCACGUCGACUUUCGAUUUUUGGAAAAAACGCAACGUGCCCGGACCACGGCCGAUACCGGGAUUUGGAAAUAUUAAAGAUGUCAUGCUUAGAAAAAUUUCACUGGGCAGUCUUCUGGCGAAACUAUACGUCGAAUAUAAGAACGAGCCUAUGAUCGGAAUUUAUGUGAGAUCAUCGCCCACACUCGUUCUCUGCGACUUAGACCUUAUCAAGGAGGUUCUGAUCAGAGACUUCUCUACGUUCGAUGAUCGAGGAAACGUUAUCACCGAAAGGGCUGAUCCACUGUCUCCGAAUAUCUUCAAUUUGGAGCCAACAAGAUGGCGACCACUACGAAUAAAGUUGUCACCAGUGUUUACUUCUGGCAAACUGAAAGAGAUGUUCCCCUUGAUCGUCGAAUGCUCCGAACAAUUGGAACAACAUUUAGAGAAAGUGGCAGAAAAGGGGGAACCCGAAAAUUGCAGCGAAAUAGCGGCGAGAUUCACUACAGACGUGAUCGGAAGUUGCGCUUUUGGAAUCAACAUGAACGCAUUGUCGAACGAGCAAAGUAUAUUUCGACGAAUAGGAAGAAAAAUUUUCGCGCCCGACACUAAAAUGAUCCUUAGGCUGCUCUUUCGAGAAACGAUGCCGUCGCUGUACAAUUUCCUUGGCUACGUGAUGCCGCAUUCAGAGGUAUCGAAAUUUGUAACGAAAGUCAUCUCAGAAUCGAUCCAGUACAGAGAACAAAAUAAUAUUGUUAGGCCAGAUUUUAUAAAUAUGCUCAUAGAGCUGAAAAAUUCUGGCACAGUGGAGAACAUUGAAUGGUCAGAUACCUUUCUCGCUGCACAAGCUUUCGUUUUUUUCGCGGCUGGCUUUGAAACGUCUUCAACAACAAUUGCUCAUGCUCUUUACGAAAUGGCUCUGAACCCGGAAAUACAGGACAAGCUACGAGAAGAACUGAGAGAGUUCAGUGCCAAAAAUAAUGGUUGUUUGAAGUAUGAAGACAUCAAAGAAAUGAAAUAUUUAGACAAAGUAUUUAAAGAAACACUAAGGAAGUACCCACCAGGGACACAGUUAAGAAGGAAAUGCAACACUAAUUACACCUUCAAAAAUACAAAAGUAUCAAUUCCUAAAGGUACUGCAGUGUUUAUUCCACUGUAUGCAAUUCACAAGGAUCCUAAUAUCUAUCCAAAUCCAGAAGUUUUCAACCCUGAAAGAUUUAGUGAGGAAGCAGUAGCUGCAAGACAUCCUAUGGCUUAUCUGCCUUUUGGUGAUGGACCAAGAAAUUGUAUCGGAGCACGUUUUGCAAUUUAUCAAACCAAAGUGGGUUUGAUAAAGAUGUUACAGAACUUCAAAGUCGAUGUUUGCGAAAAAACAUUAAUUCCAUAUGAAUGUAAUCCAAUAGCCUUUACACUGUCUCCAAAAGGAGGAAUUCAUUUGAAAAUAAGUAAAGUUAAUACUAUUGAAACAUAA